CAUCUGUUUCUCAAUGGCAGCAACAGUAGCGGCGCUGUGGCUAGAUUUUAUGGUGCCGGAGGGGCUGGGGCUGUCGUGCAAUAUGCCAGUACUGGCACUGGUACUGGCACUGGUACUGGCACCAGCACUAGAGAGAGGAAUGACAACAACGACAAUGUCCAGGACGGUGCUGCGGCGUUUGAAGCUGGUGGCGACUGCGUCAUGCACGACAUCAGCGACGUCGGCGCGCAGUUUUAUGAUGCUGACGAAGACGACACCGCUACCGCUACCAGCCGCGACCCUGCCGUGGAGGACAUGCGUGCGGCGCUGGCCGCGCUGGAGGUGUGAAUGUGGAUGUUAAUAUCAUCAUCAUCAUAGGACGGCAGUCUCUUCUCGCAUGUAGUUUUGGAGUCAAGUCAGAUUUGGUUAAUUAAUUACUCGACUCGGGUUGAUGAAAUUGCAACUUGGAUGGUGGCUGGUUGGUUAUCUUGCUGGCAUGGCCUAGAGCUCACCCGUGAGCAAACGAGAUGGCGGCGUCGAUGACGGGCUUCUUUUUAUUUUUCCUACUUCUUUUCCGGUUCUCAUCCUUUCGGCUUUUCGGCUGCUGUUCCACCUGGAGUUCAGGGCGCACAGACAUCGAUUAUCAGGAGAGUCGAUCCUACAUCGUCAUGGAGAAUACGGCGUUGCACGAUCAGCAUACCGCAGCAUGGGUUUACACGGAGUUGUCAG